GGCGCAGUUGGCCCGGGCUGCGGGGAGAGCAGCGCCGCGCUCGCAGCUCCGGCGGGCGCCUGCCCGGCAGCAUCGCUGGAGCCUCCCGCUGUCCUCGGCGCAUCAGCCCGGUCAGCGGCACAAAGAUGAAAUCGUCCGACAUUGACCAGGAGUUAUUCACUGAGAGUUACUGCAAAGUGUGCAGCGCUCAGCUAAUAUCCGAGUCCCAGCGCGUGGCCCAUUACGAGAGUCGGAAACACGCCAGCAAAGUUCGCCUCUAUUAUAUGCUACAUCCCAUAGAUGGAGGCUGUCCAGCUAAAAAGCUCCGGUCAGAAAACGGCAGUGACGGUGACUCAGUGGAUAAGAACAAAUGCUGUACGCUAUGUAACAUGUCCUUUACCUCGGCAGUGGUGGCCGAAUCGCAUUACCAAGGGAAAAUCCAUGCCAAAAGGUUAAAACUGCUGCUGGGGGAACAACCAGCCCUAAAGGGCACAGGAACCACGCUGAGCCCCCUGAAGCAGCCGCACACGGACAGUGCCCCGGUGGUGCCAUCGCCACCGCAGCGGCGGGACUCGGACAGGUACUGCCAGCUCUGCGCCGCCUGGUUCAACAACCCCAUGAUGGCCCAGCAGCACUACGACGGCAAAAAGCACAAGAAGAACGCGGCCAGGGCUGACCUCCUGGAGCAGCUGGGGAAGACCCUGGAUCUGGGCGAGCUGAGAGGCCUGAAGCGCAGCUACACGUGCAACAUCUGCAGCGUCACCCUGAACUCCAUAGAGCAGUACCACGCACACCUGAAGGGCUCCAAACAUCAGACCAACCUGAAGAACCAGUAGUAGUUCAUCAGUCGAGACACGGAAAACCACCGAGGCUGCUUCUGCGAGGGGAACUGGUGAGCAGGGAGAGGAUCCUUUCUUGGACAAUGAUCCCAUGUGGAUUCAGUUAUUAACAUGUCACUAACCUUCGCUUGGGACAAAUACAUGGAUAUUAUUUUUUGGUUUUUUUUAAUUUUGUGGUGAGUUAAACUAUUUCAAUGGACUUUUUUACCCUUUCAAGAUAAUAUUUAUUCAGCACAGAGUCUAGAGUAUGAUAACUCCCCUGUAAAUACAGCACUUAAUCAUCACUCAUCUUCAGAGACAGUGGAAACAAAAUAUUUUACUUUUUCAUAUUUAUUCUUAGAUUUCUCCCAAGGGUAUAAAAUUAUUCUAUUACAUUAUCCAUGAUAGUGAUGUAAUCAGUCUUCAAUCAGAAAUAAACAUACUUUCUUCACCUUCUCCAGCAUGGUUUGUGUCAACACAUAACGAGCAGCAAAAAAUCAAUCACAGGGAUUGUAGAGUGGAUGAAUCUUUUUCCUUUCCUCUUUGACUUCAGCGAAACAAAUGGUUCACUGAGCAAAGAAAACUCAAA